AAAGCUUUAUAAAGUGCUCAGCUGCCAAAGCAACAUUAGUUGAUAUUUUGCCUUGCUGCUUAACGGUUCUAGUGGAAAUUCUCUUUACGCGGAAAAAGACAACUACAAAAUAAAUUAAAAUGGAUUUCUAUUACUUACCCGGUUCGGCUCCAUGCCGUUCAGUACUUUUGACCGCCAAGAGUCUUGGCAUUGAACUGAAUAAGAAAUUAUUGAAUUUACAAACUGGCGAACACCUUACACCCGAAUUCUUGAAAAUCAAUCCGCAACACACCAUACCGACUUUGGUGGACGAUGGUUUUUCAUUGUGGGAAUCACGUGCUAUACUCGUUUACUUGGUUGAGAAAUACGGCAAAGACGACUCAUUGUACCCCAAGUGCCCCAAUAAGCAAGCUGUUGUAAACCAACGUCUUUACUUUGAUAUGGGUACGCUGUAUAAAUCAUUCUCCGACUACUACUACCCACAAGUAUUCGCCAAAGCGCCAGCUGAUCCAGAAAUGUACAAGAAGAUUGAAAUUGCUUUCGAAUUCUUAAACACCUUUUUGGAUGGUAGCAAAUAUGUGGCCGGCGAUCAAGUGACUGUGGCUGAUCAUGCUAUUUUAGCUUCAAUUUCAACAUUUGAUGUUGCCGGCUUCGACAUCAGCAAAUAUGCCAAUGUGGCUAGAUGGUAUGAAAGUGCUAAGAAAUUGCCAGGUUGGGAGGAGAACUGGGCUGGUGCUCUUGAAUUUAAAAAAUUUUUUAAUUAAGCGGGCGACGCUCAGUUUUAAGACUUGUGCAUGUAUUUUGAUUUGCAUUUACGUUUUGUGUAAAUAAUAAUUUCUGUGAUUUGUUCACAUAUUUGCCUUUUAAUAAAUAUCUUACCUAUAUAUAAGACAAAAAAAAAUAUUGAAAA